AUGUCCGUCUCUCCGUACAUCGUCGGCCCCUCGGCCGGCCACGCGCACACCCACACCAUCAUUUUCCUCCAUGGCCGCGACAGCCAAGCCCAGGAGUUCGCAUCAGAGUUGUUCGAGUGCGAAGCCUCGGGCUCCGAGGCAGACCGGACGCUGCCGGCUCUUUUCCCCACGGUUCGGUGGGUUUUCCCACAGGCGGCAGCCCUCCGCUCGGAGCGCUUCGGCGUGGAGAUGUCGCAGUGGUUCGACAUGUGGAGUGUGGAAAACGCCGAGGAGCGCAUCGAGUUGCAAGUCCCGGGCUUGCUGUCCAGCGUUGCCUCCAUCAGAGCCCUGGUCAAGGAGGAGGAGCUGCUUGUGCCAAGGAAGAGCAUCUUUUUGGGCGGCAUCAGCCAAGGCUUCGCAACCGCAAUAGCGACAUUCUUCGCCGACGGCAGCGGAGGCUUUGCCGGCCUGUGUGGCUUCUGCAGUUGGCUGCCGCUCGCCGACAAGGCUGCGCUGAACAUGGCCAAGCAAGGUCUCAACCAGCGUCAACACAUGCGGCAACUCUACGCCAACAGCGAUGACGAGCAACACGAGAAGCCGUCACAGUUGCAGCUCAUCCCCACGCCAAUUCUUCUUGAGCACUGUCAGGAUGACGAGGUCGUCCCCAUUGGCAACGGCGCCCGCAUGCGAGAGUUGUUGAGCCGGCUCGGUCUCAGCGUGGAGUGGCACGACUACGAGGAUGGGGGGCAUUGGAUCAAUGAACCGCAGGGCGUAGACGACUUUGUCCGUUUCUUGCAGGCCAACUUGUAUCGAGCCGAUGUUUCAUAG